AUGAUAGUUUUUCUUGCAUUCUUAGUCGUAGUCUUGUCCAGUUCUUUCAAUCUGGUCGUGGUUACUUCUUUGAAUGAAGAGGGCUUAGCUCUUCUUGCACUCAAGAGCUCCAUUAAAGAGGACCCUGAAGGUUCACUCACUAACUGGAACUAUUCAGACGAAAACCCAUGUUCUUGGAAUGGCAUCACAUGUACAGCACAAAAAGUUGUUUCUAUUAGCAUUCCUAAAAAGAAACUAUCUGGGUCUCUGUCAAACGCUCUUGGAUCUUUAACUGAGCUACGGCAUGUCAAUUUGAGGAGCAAUAAGCUCUCUGGUAACUUGCCCCCUGAGCUUUUCAAGACCCAAGGGCUUCAAAGUUUGGUUCUUUAUGAGAAUUCAUUUACUGGGCCUUUGCCGUCUGAGGUUGGCAACCUUGAGUACCUUCAAACCCUAGAUUUAUCUCAGAAUUUCUUUGACGGGUCCUUGCCCCCGUCAUUGCUUCAGUGCAGAAGGUUGCGGAAUCUCUAUUUUAGCCAUAACAAUUUUAGUGGUUCUCUGCCUAGUGGGCUCGGGAAGAACUUGACAAUGUUAGAAAAACUUGAUCUUUCAUAUAAUGGUUUUAGUGGUGUCAUUCCUGGUGAUUUGGGCUAUCUGUCUAAUCUACAAGGAACUCUUGACUUGUCCCAUAACGCGUUUAACGGUUCGAUUCCAGCCAGUCUUGGCAACCUCCCGGAAAAAGUUUACAUCGACCUUACCUACAAUAAUUUGAGCGGUCCCAUUCCUCAAAAUGGUGCCUUAGUGAACAGAGGGCCCACGGCCUUCAUCGGGAACCCUGGUCUCUGUGGGCCCCCUCUGAAAAAGCUCUGCUCGUCCGGCAAUGAGGCAUCUUCCCCUUCCUCAUUCCCUUACUUACCGAGCAAUUACCCGACGGGGCACGACACUGGGGCUAACAGCCGGCGUGGGCUGAGUAAAGCAGCUCUAAUAGCCAUUAUCACCGGAGACGUGAUUGGGAUUUUCGUGAUCGGGUUGCUUUUCUCGUAUUGUUACUCGAGGUUUUGUAGGAAAAAGGAGGGAGAAAAUGAGUACGGGCUUGAGAAGGGAGGAAAUAAAGGUAGAAAGGAUUGUUUGUGUUUCGGGAAGGAGGAGUCGGAGAACCUAUCUGAACAUGUGGAGCAGUAUGAUUUGGUGGUUUUAGAUGGGCAGGUUAGGUUCGACUUGGACGAGCUUCUCAAGGCUUCGGCUUUUGUGCUCGGGAAGAGCGAAAUCGGGAUUGUGUACAGGGUCGUGCUUGAAGACGGGCUCACGUUAGCAGUUAGGAGGCUUGGGGAAGGGGGGUCACAGAGGUUUAAGGAAUUCCAGACGGAGGUCGAGGCCAUUGGGAAGCUGAGGCAUCCUAAUGUGGUGACUUUGAGAGCAUACUAUUGGUCGGUCGAUGAAAAGCUUCUGAUUUAUGAUUUCGUGCCCAAUGGGAAUCUUGGAACUGCCAUUCAUGGAAAACCGGGAUCGGCAGAAUUCAUUCCACUCUCAUGGCCCGUCCGGUUAAAAAUAAUGAAAGGAAUUGCCAAGGGCCUGCUCUACCUCCAUGAGUACAGCCCGAAAAAAUAUGUCCAUGGGGACCUUAAACCGUCCAACAUUCUCCUUGGGCAGGGCAUGGAAGCCAAGAUCUCCGACUUUGGGCUUGGUCGCCUAGCCAACAUAACCGGUGGGCCUCACUCCACCCAUUCCAGUCGGACGGUCCCUGACAGGCCCCAGGAAGCCUCGCCGUUUGGGCUGGGCCCCAAUCUCGGCCCAUGCUACCAGGCGCCCGAGGCCCUGAAAGCCGUGAAGCCAUCCCAGAAGUGGGAUGUCUACUCAUACGGGGUGAUCCUGCUCGAGAUGAUCACGGGCCGCCCCCCACUCGUCCGAGCUAGGGACUCGGAGGUUGAUCUCGUCCGUUGGAUGCAUAUGUGCAUUGAAGAAAAGAAGCCCGUUUGUGAAGUGUUGGACCCGAACCUGGCCCAAGAUGCCGACAAGGAAGAGGAGAUGAUUGCGGUUUUGAAAAUUGCGAUGGCAUGCACGAAUGCUGGGCCAGAAAAACGGCCCUCGAUGAGGAACGUGGCGGAUGCUUUGGAGAGAUUGCCUGUUUCAGAUUGA